AUGUCAGAAGCAGAAGGAACAUUCCGAGCUGUCUCUGAGGAGGAGCAAGAAUUGCGUUCUAAACUGGAGCGACUCACAACCAAGGAUCAUGGGCCCGUCUUUGGAAGGUGUAGCCAAGUGCCCCUACAUACCCUGCAGAAGGCCAAGGAUGAGCUCAAUGAGACAGAGGAAUCCCGGGAAGCAGCCGUGAGGGAGUUGCGGGAACUUAUUCAAGAACGAGCAGACAGUGGAGAUGACAUGGGUCUGUUGGUGGCUGAGAAAGUACAAGAGAAGGAAAAUGACUUCUUCCUACGUUUUGUUCGGGCCCGCAAGUUUGAUGUCAGUCGUGCCUAUGACCUGCUUAAAGGUUAUGUGAAUUUUCGACAACAAUACCCCGAGCUCUUUGAAGAUCUGUCAAUAGAAGCAGUUCGUUGUACCAUUGAAGCUGGCUAUCCAGGCAUUCUCUCCAGCCGGGAUAAAUAUGGUCGUGUGGUCAUGCUCUUCAACAUUGAAAACUGGGACUAUGAGGAAAUCACUUUUGAUGAGAUCCUGCAGGCUUACUGUGUCAUCUUGGAAAAGCUGCUGGAGAAUGAAGAAACCCAAAUUAAUGGCUUCUGCAUUGUGGAGAACUUCAAGGGCUUCACCAUGAACCAAGCUGCAGGCCUCAGGCCCUCAGAGCUCAGGAAGAUGGUGGACAUGCUCCAGGAUUCUUUCCCGGCCAGAUUCAAAGCUAUCCACUUCAUCCACCAGCCAUGGUACUUCACCACCACCUACAAUGUGGUUAAGCCUUUCUUAAAGCAUAAACUUCUGGAGCGGGUCUUCAUUCACGGUGAUGACUUGGAGACCUUCUUCCAGGAAAUCGAUGAAGACAUACUGCCCGCUGACUUUGGUGGCACACUGCCCAAAUAUGAUGGCAAAGUCAUAGCUGAGCAGCUGUUUGGACCCCGGACUGUGGCUGAGGACACUGCCUUUUAA